GAAAGGGUGCAGUAUCGGUUGCAGCUGUAUUUUUGUAUCUAAAGAUGGUUAGCUUUGGAUGACAAUAGAACCGUUGUUUAGUCGUCUGGGUGAAGCGUCAGUAGGUUCCCAGUUUGAGUUCUAGUCUAAAAAAAACAACCUGAGGAAGCUCGGUUAUCUGCAGACAGCCAACUGACAGGAAGGAAGGAACUACCACGCUGCAACUCGACAAACACUUUUUGCCAGUUUUAUUUUCAAUUCUUCUUCAAAAAGCUUUAACACCUAUCGUUUGUUGUGGCUUUGUGAAAAUAUAAACUACAUGUAUGGCAGAAAGGAGGAACUAGAGCUUAACAGCACCAGCCCCUCCCUCAUCAUCUCUAGCUCACAACAUCCUCUUUUGGACCCAACCAGCCAGUGUUUUUUUGUUAUCUCUUUGGUUUUAGUGUGGCACGAGACACACACACACACACACACACACACAUACACACACACACACACACACACACACACACACACACACACACACACACACACACACAAACAAACACACACACUCAAGCCCAGUGGGGAUGAUUGUCUGGGCAGAUGGUGCUCAGUCUGUGGACUAGAAGCUGAGACAGGCAGUGAUAGACAGACUCCUGGGUCGUCAUGGGAUGCUGCAGUGUGACCCAGAGGCAUACUGGAGUGGACGAGGUGGGCCCUGAUGAGAUCGAGCUCCUGGAACUCUCUGGAGACAAUUUAGGAGUGUGGAGUCUAGGAGAGACCAGGCUUCAGCUGUCAGUGAGGAACAGCAGAGAUGAGCAGCCACCACCACCACCACUACCACCACCACCGCACUACCCUUCAGUACGAAACCUGGAACAAAAGGUGGUGCUGUGGGGCAGAGACAGAGACGAGUUGCACCACAGGAUUUACUCCCACCAGCCAAUCAGGGAGUGGGAGGGCCAACCUGCCCACAUGUAUGGAGAGAUCAUCCACUCCUCCCUGGUGUCUCUCUAUAACAGCUACACACAGGAAACUAGUGAACACUUCCUUGUGUUGUUUUCUUUCCACCUCCUGAUACUCUCUCUGGACCACUCUCGACAAGACUUCAUUUAUGAGGGCAUCCUUCCCCUUUCUGGACUUUCCUUUCAAAUUGUCUCCUUGGACCCUGACACGUCACAUUCACCACCCAUGUUUGAGAUCAGCAGUCCAAUGGUGGACUCCAAGAUCUUCAUAUGUUCCAGUGCUGGAGAGUUACAGAAGUGGAUGCAACACAUAGAAGACAGAAGAUACAAGUCACUGGCAAAACCCAUUAGUCCCUCCCACUGUGCGCUCUCCUAUCUUUUGCCCUGUGAUGAGCACUGGAAAAGAGAAGAACUGAAAAAGUACUUGUUGCAAGCUCCCAUAUGGCAGUGGGAGGGCUCGCCAAUACAGCACAUGGGUCAGCCGGGAUACACAUCUAUCGUCCAUGUCAUCAACACACAGAGACAGGGACUCCAAGAAAGACUGAUUGUUCUCUUUCCUCAAGACCUCCUGCUACUGUCAGUUGACAACAAGCGUUUGAAUAUAAGAUAUGAGGGCAGGUUGCCCCGACACAGCAUCAAAGCAGUGGAGAGGUCAGCCCUGCCUGGGCGGCUGGAGUUUGAGCUGAUAGGUGAGAUGGUGGAGCCCCUGCGAGUCUCCUGUACCUGUCUGGAGGAUUAUCGGAACCUGAUGUUUCAGUUACAACAGCCAGAUAGAAGCAGCCACGUUACUGUGAGUCCCGCUGCACCUCCAAUCAUGCCAAAGCUGCAGAGGAGCAGGAAGGAGUCCCAGGAGCCAAUAAUGACAGCCGACCAAUGUCACAUCAAUGGAGGCAGCUGACUUAUCCAAAGGGGAAAAGCUUGACUGUAAUGUAAUUAUAAAUAUGAAAUAAUGUGUAGAUAGUAUGUACAUAUUACUUUUAUGUCUAAGUGUGCCACAAAAUAAGUGCAGCAGUAAGGAGGCUCUGACAUAUUCUCACCACAUUGAUUCAUUUGGGGGAUUUGACCCUCUGAAGGACUAAAAAAGAUACUAAUAGUUUCUUUUCAUGUGCGGACAAACAGAAACAGAGUCAUGACCCAGUUUUAGGCCAUAACAAAGCUGAAGAAAUGUUAGAUGUAGCAAUUUUAGAGAUGUUUGACUUGUUCCACAAUAAACUGUUAAAACAUGAAAUGGAAGUAUUUAUUUCAGUAGUUAAACAUUUACAGUGUGCAGAGAUUCAGCAAACAUCCAGUGUAUUACAGUAUUUAUAUUUUUUGUUGUAACAGAAAGGAAACUGAAAGGUUUGUAUGGUUUGAAAGGAAUGUAAUAUUUGUUGAAUCUUUGUUCAUAUAAGUUACAGUCAUAAUAGUAAAUGAAUAAUUUUCUUUAUACAUAAAGCCAUCUACAGUAAAGUACAUUUACAUCAGAAUCUCCUUAGAGAACAACCAGCUAGAGGAGUAUAAAUACAUAAGUUGCAACAGCAACAGCUUAAAUUACAACUAACGAU